CAACCAAACCAUACAUCCAUGUUGAAAAUUUUAAGUGAACGAUUUCGGUCAGAAGUCGUUAUUAUUUACUUAUUAAAUUGUAUAAUAUUACAAUGUUUGGAAGAACUCCACUUUACAUUCAUUUGGAUAAUUAGUCCACCAAUUGGACAUUUAUGGGGUUAGUCGACACCAUAAAAACAAAGGAUUUGGAAAGUGUUGAGUUCUAAAGUUAUUAUUUUAUUGUACAGAGUCCGACCGUUAUUUUAUGCAGCUAACUAGGGACACAAAAUGGAAAUUUUAAAAGUUGUGUGCUUAGGGGAUCCCACUGUUAAAAAGACCGACCUUCUGAGUGUUCUUUCAGAAAAACAGUGUAAAUGUACUGAAAAUUCUUGUAUCCACAAUUUAGUGAAGGAUUACUUCACUUGCAAUCGAUUGAUUUCUGACAAAUUAACGGUGGAAAUCCGAUUAUUCAAUACUGUGGAUUCCGAUUUUAUAGAAGCAGGUAACCUAAGACGAAUGAAAUAUGAAAAUGCAGAUGUUAUGCUUCUGGCAUUUGAUGUUGGUGAUCCUGAUACUUUUUACAGUAUAGAAGAACGAUGGGUUCAGGAAUGUUUAAGAUAUUCAAAAAAUGCCAAAAUUCUACUUAUAGGAGUUCAAUCAGAUAUGAGCAUGAUAAAUAAAGUCGUAGAGAAAGAGAUAACAUUCCUUUGCACUCAACAAAAAUUACGAUACUGUGAAAUUUCACUUGAAACCAAAAAAAAUAUCGAGCAGUGCAUGACAGCAAUUAUUGAGGUAGCUUUCGAUACAGAAAGUACAAGAAAGAAAAGAACAAGUAUUGGUGAUGGCUUUUCAAGUUUUAUCAAGAAAGGGGUACGGAUACUGCGGAAAAUGCUACCAGAAAAGCAAGACGAACAUGACACAGAUUUGGACAAAAAGCAGGAUAGAGAAAGUAUAUCAGAACAAUCAGAAUUACAUGCAAUAGUUGAUAAACAUGAUUCAUCAACCAGGAAAGUACCUUUAUUCCGCGCUCGAUUACAAAAGAAAUACACUGAUAUCGUGGCCACCAUUAAAAACGAGAAUAUAGUUGACCAUCUGAUCACAGAAGAUGUUUUGACUUUAGAUGACAAAGACAUCCUUGAUUUUUCUACGGCAUAAAGUGACGAAAAUAUGAAACUUAUGGAAAAACUAAUGUUUACUGCGGGAUGAGGGUAUAUUCAGUUUCUAGCAGCUUCAAGAUUAGAUGAUUGCUAUGUUGAACUGGCAAAUCAAAAUGAAAACACUAAAGUCACAGCAAACAACAUUUCAAUAUCAACAUCUUGUUCUAAACUCACAGGACAUGGAAAUUUAAUCGAUGACAAAUUCGUUUCAUAUUCAGAAUAUGAUGGUAUUAACCUUAAAAAUAAAAAAAAAAAGAUUAAAAGAAAAUUUGAACUCAAAGGUAAAAAAUUAUCGACUAUAUCAGACUACACAACGAAUGUAAUUCAGCUGUCAUUUUGUUUAAUUGAUUUCGUGGAAUUGAUAAGCAUAGUACAUAUUGCCCUGAAUGUAAUAUGUUCCAGUUAAAUGUUCACUUUAUUCAUAAUACCUAUAUUCAUUCCAUUUUGAUUUGUCAAAAUCGUAACAGAUUAGUCUGCCUCAUGUUACAAUCAGUCAUUUAUUUAUUUUUGUGUAACAUCAAAAACAGUUUGAGUAUUGCUGACUUUUUAUUGAUUGAAACAAUAUUUAUUUCUCAUGUCUUUAUUAAAUGUAAUACUUAUCAAUGAUAUUGUAUUGUAGAAAACCGUUAAACUAUAUUGGUAUUAGUUGGUCGGGGGACUCUCAAGACAGUGUGUGAACAUAUACUUUCCAUUGCCUUAUGCUUUGUUUCAUGUGCUAUUUUUUUUCUUUUAAUAUUACGAGUCCUUAAAAUUUACUGCAUUUGUAUGACCACUUUUUUAUUUAACAAAUUAGGCCUUUUUUUAUUUAUGUGCAUCAAGCAUUCCUAUUUCUGUUUCCUCUUGAUUUUAAUUUUCAGUUAGAUUCAUGUUUUGGUUUUGCUAUUUUAUAUUAACUUACUGCUUUUGAGGAAGAUUAAUUUAUGUUAUUUGCAUGUGCUCAUAUCUUAAUGUUAGUUUAAUGUUUAUUAUAUUUUCAAAGAAAUAUUCUAUAGAAA